AUGGGCGGCCAGGAGAGGCACAUCAUUGUGAUAGGGGGAGGAAUAAUUGGUUGCUCAACAGCCUAUUUCCUUACGCGACAUCCAUCCUACGACCCGCUGCGACAUAAGGUUACAAUUCUGGAAGCGACAGAGAUUGCGGGUGGGGCCUCUGGCAAGGCGGGUGGGCUCCUCGCACUCUGGGCCUAUCCAAGCAACAUAGUGCCUCUCAGCUACAAACUACACGCAGAACUUGCACGGGAGCAUAAUGGAAAGGCAAGAUGGGGCUAUCGAGUGGUUAAUUGCGGACAACUUGAGGCGGUGGGCUGCUCAUGGCCUCAGCUCGACAAAUCCAAGGAACCUGCGGAGAAAACUGAUGAGGCGGUUCCAUUAGAGAAAAGGAGCCAUAACGCAGCGGGGCAGUUAAAAGCUGCUGGUAUUCCUGAGGAUUUGGACUGGUUUGAUGCGCCGACACUGAGGAGUUUUGAAGACAUGGGUCAGCCGGGGCAAACGGCGCAGGUUCAUCCUUUUCUAUUUACGACUUCCAUGGCGAAGUUGGCGGAGGAGAAAGGGGUAAGGAUAACUCUAGGCCAUGUCACAAAUAUCGAUCACUCGACGGAUGCUGUGCAGUCCGUGACGUUUACAGAGAAGAAAACAGGCGCCUCGCAUACCAUUCCGGCAACGGAUGUGGUUAUUGCUGCAGGCCCCUGGACACGGGACAUUUUCCCCCGCGCGCCCAUAUCUGCUCUUCGCGCGCACAGUGUUGUUGUUCGUCCUACACGACCGGUUUCUGCCUACACGCUAUUUACAAGCAUUACAUUGCCUGCGGGCUUUGGGAUGGUGUCGUCAGAUAAAGGGAAGCGCUCGCGACUGACCGUCCUCUCUCCUGAGAUCUACGCGCGGCCAGACGAUAGCGUUUAUGCUUGUGGGGAAGGUGAUACAACAAUGCCGUUGCCCAAGACGACAGCAGAUGUCCAAGUUGAUGAGGCACGGUGUCAAGAUAUCAUUGAUUCCAUUGGGAGUGUAUCGAGGGUGCUGCGGGAGGGGGAGGUCAUUGCCCGGCAAGCCUGCUAUUUACCAAACGUAGAGGGGACCCGUGGCGGCCCGUUGAUCGGCCAUACUGGUAUUAAGGGACUUUUUAUGGCGACAGGUCAUACGUGUUGGGGGAUUCAGAAUGCACCUGGGACGGGGAAGUUGAUGAGUGAGCUUGUAUUUGAAGGGGAGGCGAAGAGCGCGAGUAUUGGGGCUUUGGACCCGAGGAAAUUUCUGUAA